GCAAUCGACAAUCUUCGGCAAAUUCCAUUAUUGUCGAGUGCAAGACGUCCGAGUAUAGAAAUAACGAGGGACAACUGAUGAUCUACAUGUACAAAAACAAUAAGAGUUAUUGAAUAUGACAUUUACCCUAAUAACUAUUAUAAUAUUUAUGGAAGAAAACUCCAAUAUUUGGCGGAAAAUCGAAACUUAAAAUUAAGCGUUUUUAGCAAAUUCAAAUAAUUUGUCUUGUCAUACACUGAAUCACGUGAUCUUACAUAGGACGGUAGCUAUGUAGACCAGGAAGUCUAAACUAAACAUAGUAAAUAUACUGGGAGGCGCCAUGAUAGGAGUUUAGGAAUCCACGCAAGUCUGCCAUGGACCCUCGGACUUGGGCGCAGGAUGUGUUACGGUGUCAUCUCUGUGAGACCCCGGGUCCUCCUAUGAAAUGUGACAUUUGUCACACAUAUCUGUGUAAAGCCUGUGUGGGGGAACAUCUAUCUGAUGCAUCCAAAGAACACAAAGUGGUUCCAUUUGUACACAUAGGAUCUACUUUCAGUUAUCCAAACUGCCUUAUACAUUCCACUAAACAAUGUGAGCUUUACUGUGAGCAAUGUGAUAUUCCCAUUUGCACACUCUGUAAUUUAGGAGAACAUUUAGGACAUAAACCAGUUGACAUUGUUAAAUAUAUUGAAAGUAAAAAAGAACUUUUACAGAGUGAAAUGCACGAAUUUGAGAAAUUCAUUUAUCCCAGAUAUCAACAGAUUGUCUCAAACAUUCCACUUCAGAAAACUGAUCUACACAAAAACGCACAGAAAUUGAUAACAGCAAUCAACAAACAUGGAGAAGACUUGCACAGAGAAAUAGACAUCGUUAUACAGAAACUUAUAUCCGAUCUUGAUGAAAUGGACACCACACACCUGGCUGUCUUAAACAAACAGGAAGAUGAAAUCACACGCACAAUUUCGGAAAUCACACAAAGCAUUGCUGAUAUACAGAAAUUACUGGACUCAAAUGAUGUCAGCCAUGUCUCUGCCUACAAAUCCAGGAUUGCUGAAUUCAGAAGAUUGCCUCCUAAACUCAUAGUGUCCUUACCAAGUUUUACCUCUCAGGAGAUCAACAAGGGACAGCUUUUUCAACAGUUUGGUUCUCUGUCAGCGUUAUCCAUUAAAACAGAAGAACAAGUCUACAGAUCACUCAUUGAUGUUCCACAGGUCAUUAUAGAGAUAAAAACAGACUAUGGAUUUCCUAAUGGAGUAUGCAGUGUAUCCUGCCUGAGCACUAAUGAGAUGUGGACGAGUGGUGAGGACAAGAAGAUAAGACUCUAUAACCUGCGAGGGAAAAAAAUGAAGUAUAUCAAAACAAAGUCAGGGAACGGUCCAUACGACAUAACAGUGACAAGGAGUGGGGACCUUGUUUAUACUGAUUACGAUGAUAGAACUGUGAACAUAGUAAAGAAUACACAAAUAGAGACAUUGAUCAGACUACAGGGGUGGAAACCUCGCGGUGUCUGUAGUACCUCCUCUGGUGACCUCCUGCUUGUCAUGGACAGUGAUGAUUAUAAAGAAACAAAAGUUGUGUGUUACUCUGGCUCCACAGAGAAACAAAGUAUUCAGUUUAAUGACAAAGGGCUACCUCUGUAUUCAACAGGGGGAUACAACACUAAAUACAUCAGUGAGAACAGGAACCUAGAUAUCUGUGUGUCAGACUUUAUAGCCUGUGAAGUAGUGGUGGUCAAUCACGCCGGGAAACUCCGGUUUACCUACACUGGUGGUCCAUCUAUCACCAAGGGAGCUUUUAAACCAUGCGGCAUCACAACAGACAACCAGAGUCAGAUUCUGACAGCAGAUAAUAACAACGGCUGUAUCCAUAUCCUUGAUCAGGACGGACAGUUCCUCCGCUACAUUGACAACUGUAGGUAA